UCGUUUCCUCCUCACCACCGCCGCUCCUCGCACCACUCUACACCUACCUUCCACCGCACCACCACCGUCAAUAUGAAGGCCAUCAUUCUCGUUGGAGGGUUUGGAACCCGUCUGCGACCUCUCACCCUGACCUACCCGAAGCCUUUGGUCGAGUUCGCGAACAAGCCCAUGAUACAGCAUCAAAUUGAGGCCUUGGCCGAUGCCGGUGUAACGGAUAUUGUCCUGGCCGUCAACUACAGGCCUGAGAUUAUGGCCGCUGCCCUCAAGACCUACGAGGAUCAAUACAACGUCAAGAUCGAAUUCUCUGUCGAGACCGAGCCCCUCGGCACCGCUGGUCCCCUCAAGCUGGCCGAGCGCAUCUUGGGCAAGGAUGACUCCCCCUUUUUCGUUCUCAACGCCGACGUAACCUGCGAAUACCCCUUCAAGAAGCUCGCCGACUUCCACAAGCAGCACGGCGAGGAAGGUACCAUCGUUGUGACCAAGGUCGAGGAGCCCUCCAAAUACGGUGUCGUUGUCCACAGACCCAACCACCCUAGCAGGAUAGACCGCUUCGUCGAGAAGCCCGUCGAGUUCGUCGGCAACCGUAUCAACGCCGGUAUCUACAUCCUCAACCCCAGCGUUCUCAACCGCAUUGAGCUCCGCCCCACCUCCAUCGAGCAGGAGACUUUCCCCGCCCUUGUCAAGGAUGGCCAGCUGCACUCAUUUGACCUCGAGGGUUUCUGGAUGGACGUUGGUCAGCCCAAGGAUUUCCUUUCGGGAACCUGCCUGUACCUCUCCUCCUUGACCCGCCAGGGUUCCAAGCUCCUCACAUCCACCUCCGAGUCGUACGUCCACGGCGGCAACGUCCUGAUCGACCCCUCGGCCAAGAUUGGCAAGAACUGCAAGAUUGGCCCCAACGUCACCAUCGGUCCCAACGUUGUCAUUGGCGAUGGUGUCCGUCUCCAGCGAUGCGUUAUUCUCAAGAACAGCCGCGUCAAGGACCACGCUUGGGUCAAGUCGACCAUUGUCGGCUGGAACAACACCGUCGGCAAGUGGGCGCGUCUAGAGAAUGUCACCGUCCUCGGUGACGACGUAUCCAUUGGCGACGAGGUCUACGUCAACGGUGGCUCGGUUCUUCCGCACAAAUCGGUCAAGGCCAACGUUGACAGCCCGUCCAUCAUCAUGUAA